AUGUCCCUCUCCCAUCCAUUGCCGCCCACGCCAGGCCAGACUUUACUGCAUCCGACGCACAAGAUGUCUCUUCGUUAUGAUCCCGAGUUUGAAGCUGCGGCAGGCCCAACCCUCGUGCAAUAUGCAGCAUCAGGGUCACCGGCUCUUUACGACGUUCAGGCACGACGAAAUCGUCUCCAACAGGCAUUGAAAAAGGAUGCCAAAUGUCGAAUUCCAGAGGCUUUGGAGAGGAUCGUUCACCACGCGCCAUCUUCUGACGGCCACUUGGUCGAAAUUUACCACGUCCGCAAACGGGAGAACUCAGCCGCAGGGCCUCAUCCGGCUAUUCUUCACAUCCAUGGGGGUGGCUACUUUAGCUUCAGUGCUGCUCAAAGUGUCCAGAGCAUGGUCGAUUAUGUGUCUCAAAGUGGUGUGCAGAUGCUGUCUGUGGAAUAUCGCCUCGCGCCGGAGCAUCCGUUCCCAACUCCUCUAGAGGACUGCUGGGCGGCCCUGACCUGGGUUUAUUCGAAUGCUGAGCAUCUGAAUAUCGAUACGAAGCGUAUUGGGGUAAUGGGUGAGAGUGCUGGAGGAGGUCUUGCUGCCAAUCUUGCCCUGCUCGCUCGCGACAGGGUAUUGUCGCCGCCGUUGGCCAAACAAAUCUUAAUCUACCCUAUGCUUGAUGAUCGUACUGCUACCGACAAUACAAAUGGCCUGGCCUUUUUUGAUGUCAGCGACUGCAUUACCGGUUGGGCCGCAUACCUCGGAAAAGACGUCGUUGGCACUGAUCGCGUCCCCAAGUACGCUGCUGCGGCGCGGAAUCUGGACGUCCGUGGCCUGCCCGAAUUAUACCUGGAUUGUCCACAGCUGGAUAUCCUGCUGACCGAGAAUAUACAUUACCUGGUCCAAUUUGUCGAGGCAAAGAUUCCCACGGAGUUCCACAUGUACCCUGGCCUACCGCAUGGGUUUACAAGCUUGGCUCCCGGGGCUUCUUUCUCCCAGCGCGCCAUCCAAAAUCGUGUCCGUGCCAUGCUGAAUUUUUAG